AUGUCAGCUAAAGAAUUAUUAAUUCAACUUUUUGCUUUGCCAAAAGGAGAAAUCAUAUUCCAUGACUAUUCUUGUGCUUUAAAAAGUCUAAUUUCAAAGUAUGGUAGGAUAUUUUUAUCUGAGAAUCACAUAUGUUUUUACGCAAAUUUGGCAGGUAGUAAAAUUAAUCUUGUUUUAAAAAUUAAUGACAUACUAAAAAUAGAGAGUAAGAAUAAAAAUGAUAUUGAAAUCAUUAUGAAUAAUAAUAAAUAGUAUUGUUUUAGUAGUUUUUAAGAUAAGGAUCAUGUACUUAAUUUUAUGAAUGCAUUAUUAUAAGGUUAACCUUUAAGUAAUUUAAAUGAUUCAACAGUCUUUAAUGAGACUUCUAAUAAUGAAUAAUCAUAAAUUGAUAAUGCUGAAGUUGAAAUUUAAUUUCUAAAAUCUGAGUCUUCUACUAAUUAAGAAAUUUGCAAAUUCACAUUCUCAUUUUCUUUAGAUAAAUUCUUUGAUUUCUUUAUAGCUGAUAAUGCCUCUUUGUAUUCAAUUUAUGAUCAUCGUUAAAAUGAAAAAGACACUGAUAUGAAUUUAACUAAAUGGACAGUAAAUGAAGAUUCUUAAGAUAUGUAUCUAAGAGAAAUGAAACAUGUUAUGAAACUUACAGGAGUCCCCUUUAAAGAUAAAACUAGAAUGCAUAAAUUAUUCACUUACAAAAAAGAUGAAUAAAAAAUUAUUUAUACUUGUACAACUCAUACUUUGGAUGUACCUUAUGGAAAUUGUUUCUAAGCUGAAGAAAAAUGGGAAAUUACACCACUUGAAGAUAAUAAAUGUAUUCUUAGAGUAUUUGUUUCAGUUAUAUUUACUAAAUCUACUAUUAUGAAAAAUACUAUUAUAAAUAGAACUAUGAUAGGUUUUAAAGAAGAUUAUGAAAAAUGGAUUAAUAAUGUUAAAAUUAAAUUAGAAAACUAAGCUAAGUAGUCAAAAUCAUCAACUAUUUCUUAUUCAAUUCAUGAUUUUGAAGAGUAAUAAUUUUAUUAUUUAUUUUUAGUUCGAUUAAACUUGAUAAUCAAAAUAUUUUUAAUAAAAUACUAAAAACUUCUAAUUCUAAUCUAGAAACAUAAAAGGAAUAAAGUGGAUUAAUUUCUGUAGCUUUAUAAAAAGAAGCAUAUUUUAUUUUGUUAAUUACAAUAAUGAUAAUUAUUAUGCUCAUCCAAAUAACAAUGAUGAAUAAAUAGACAGCAAAGAUUGAAUAACUUGAAUAAUUACUUAUUCAAAGACAGAACAAAUUCGAACUAUUCAAUGAUCAAUUAUGA